AUGGCUUUGAAACUUAAAAAUUUAAAUAGAACUAAAGAACUUUUGAAAAAGAAGUUGAGUGAAUGCCAACACCAAAUGACAUCUGAACUUUAUGGUGAGAGCAAAAAAGAAAGAAAUAGAAGGAUAAGGAGAAGAAAAAUCUCAAUUGAGAGUAAAUUGAAACCCACACAAGCGUCGGUGAACGCGUGGGCGAUGCAACAAUUAUUAUCAUACAAUUUCUUAUCAAAAGCAAGACAUUAA